GGCCUUGGCCUUGUAGCUACCGUCGCGCCGCGCCGCGGCUUGAAUAUGACAUGCAUCUUUCUGUCUCUCGUGCGCGCGCGGGAUCGGAUGGAUGCGUGUUGAGUCUGCGGUGCCGCCUUCCCGUGCGCAAGCGCUGCAAGGAACGAACGAACCCACGAUGCCCCUCUUGUUCCCUCCCUUCUAACCCCCAACGCUCCCGUACCCCUCCUGCUCCUCCUCACCUUCUCAUUUUCACGACCCCGUCGGCGACGUUCGCCCCGCGCCUGCGGUGUACACACCCCCUCGAACCUGGCCAUCCUCACGAAUCAUGCAUCUAGACCUCAACGAGUUGUUUAUUUCACGCGCCCAGGCACUAUACUUUCCUCCAUACAUACAUAUGUCAACUAGUUCAUCUUCUUUCCCCCCUGUCACCGCCUCCCUUCCAAUUUUUUUUCUCUCAGCCCCAG